ACACUUUAUUCUACUUUUGGGAUGUGUAAAUGCAGAGAAUUCUUAUGCGUAAACCCAUAAAUACAUUGAAUACACCAAAUAUUUAAAAUCAAAUAGAUAAUUUGUAUCGUUGGAUUUAAUAAUGCACGUGCAUGAUGCAAAUAGAGUUGCGUUUGUAUGUGUUGUUGAAUAAAAAAAAGGAAGCAACUAAUCGAACUCGCACCGUCUGCUACAUUAUAUCGACCCGGUAUAUUUCACAAUCAUUUCUCCAUACAAAACAAAACAUGACACGAAAUGUUUCGAUACAUCUUAUCCUGAGUACUAAGGGAAUCCUUUUUGGUAUAAUUGCAUUUUUUGUAUUAUGCGUUGGCUAUGGAAAUCACGAAGUUGGAUUUUGGUCGAUUUUAUCAGGCAUACUUGCCAGUAUUUGUUUCCAUUUGAAUUGGCUAAAGGACAGAGAAAGUUUGGACAGAUGGCAUACGAGAGUUACAUUACGCCACUUAAAUGUUGUAGGAUUUAUUAGUGCAGUAUCUGGUAUAACUGCAUGGAUUUGGUAUCUCUUUCUUACAUUUUAUCAGUCAAUCCCUUUAUUACCAAUUUCUGAAAGUACUGCUAUUACUGCAGUAUGGGCUUUCAUUUGUGGAACAUGGGGUAUGUUCUUAAUGUUUUACUCCAAUAAAUUUGAAUUACUUCUUCAAGAAGGAACAGAUCCUAUUCUCAAUGAAAGUACUGCUUAAAGAAUUUUAUACUUUGUUUAAAUAUUCAUAUUUUUCUAAUACAAAAUGUUUUAUUCCAAUAAAUAUAAAUUACUUCUUCAAGAAGGAACAAAUCUUAUUCUCAGUGAAAGUGCUGCUUAAAGAAUUGUAUACUUUGUUUAAAUAUUCAUAUUUUUCUAAUCAAGAAUAUAUAUAUAUAUAUACAUAUACAGAAAAAUAUUUUAUUCGUAAAUAAAUCUUUAAAUGA